AUGAAUUUUACAGGCCUUGGUACCACAGAUUAUCCCAAUUAUCCAGACUAUUCAGACUAUGGUUCUCUAAUUAUGCAACCUUGUUCUAAGCUGGGAGUCAGGAACUUCACAAAAACAUUUCUGCCAGUUGCAUAUUCAUUGAUUUGUAUCAUUGGCCUCGUUGGUAACGUCUUCGUAGUGAUGACCUUUGCUUUAUAUGAAAGAACCAAGUCCAUGACGGAUGUGUACCUCUUCAACAUGGCCAUAGCAGACAUACUGUUUGUUCUCACUCUUCCACUGUGGGCAGUGAAUUAUGCUGCUAAUGAAUGGAUUUUCGGUGAUUUCAUUUGCAAAAUUGCUCGAGGUAUCUAUGCAAUCAACUUCAGCUGUGGCAUGCUGCUUUUGGCCUUUAUCAGCGUGGACCGGUACAUUGCUAUCGUACAGGCUACAAAGUCAUUUAAACUCAGGGCAAGAACACUCGCGUAUAGUAAACUCAUUUGUUUGGCUGUGUGGGUAUCGUCAGUUUUAGUCUCUAGUUCCUCUUUUAUUUACAGUGAAAGUUACACCUUCUCCAUCAAUGAAACCAAAGAGAUUUGUGAUCACAGAUUUGACAAAAAGUCUGAAAGCAAAAUGCUGAAAUCAUUGCUGUUGUGGUUACAAGUUGGAUUUGGAUUUUUUAUACCUUUCAUAUUCAUGUUUUUUUGCUACACCUUCAUUGUCAAAUCCUUGCAACAAGCUCAGAAUUCCAAAAGAAACAAAGCAAUCCGUGUGAUCAUAUUAAUUGUAGCUGUUUUUCUAGUUUGCCAGGUACCUUAUAACAUUAUUCUUCUUGUGACAGCUGUAAACAUGGGGAAGAUAGACAAAUCUUGUGAAAAUGACAACAUAUUGGCUUAUGCAAAAUACACCACUGAAGCCAUAGCAUUUUUACACUGUUGUGUGAACCCCGUGCUCUACGCAUUUAUUGGAGUGAAGUUCAGAAGUUAUUUUGUGAAGCUAAUGAAGGACCUAUGGUGCAAGAAGUACAAGAAAUACAAUAAACGUAGUUCAAAGACAAGCUCUGAUACUUAUCAUUCAAGACAGACUAGUGAAAUUCUGACUGACACUGGAUCUUCUUUUACUAUAUAA